ACCGCGCUUUUGACAGAAGUGAAAAAAACCGCUGAAAGACCUCUCUUACAGUCUAUGGCAGCAUAUUCUUCUGCACGUUAUAGUGUCAGUCGUCUAAAUACUUUCUAGAUCACAUGGAACAGUUGUCAUUUUGAUACUCCGGCUCAACUGAAAUAUAAUGGCGGUUCUUCCCCUCUCCUUCAUUGCCCAGGAAGUGUGCAUUCAAGCUCUUCUCGGCCACAGUAACGAAGCCACUGCUACUGUCUCACUGUAUGUGCGACGUUUGUUCGACACGGACAAAUACACCGCCGUAUCGGAAGAGAUUCUUAAGCGGAUCGUUGACCUCUACCCAAAGAGUCUGACCAAUGAGUUGUUAGUGUCACUCGUGCCGCCACAUGUGAAGGAGCUAGUUUUGAGGGAUUGCACGAAUGUCGGUGUUCAAGGGAUGAUCAAUGUUUGUAAGAAAUGUAAAAAACUAGUGUCCUUGGACCUAACCCGCUGUGACCAACUCAUGGCACCCUGUCUCUUCAAGCUGCUAGGUCGUAUCGGGAAGACAAUCACGUCGCUUUCAUUGGAGGAAUGCACCAAGAUCACCGACAUUACAGUUCAGACGAUUCUUCGACAUAUGCAGAAUCUGAGGUCGUUGUCCCUGUCGUCGUGUGUUGGUAUAACUGAUGAUGUAUUCCUCCUUAACACGGACAGCCAGAUUGUUACUGAUAAGAAGAGUGCAAUGCCAGUUUUCAAGCCGGACCUUCACUGUGCCCAUCUUACAAGCUUGGACGUGUCGGGUUGCCAGAGCAUCACAAGUAAUGCCAUACGACACCUGACAACAUUGUGUGGACCAUCUCUUCGGCAUGUGGAUAUAUCAUGGACGAAGAUUGACAUCCUUGCCCUGUGGUACCUGGCCGGAUACAACCUGUCAAGUGCCAUGGACCUCAGAUUGAAUAUCAAAGAUCUCCAUGGCAACCACGAGGAAAUACUUGAACAGAUCAAACGGAUCAACUUGGAUAAAUCGCCCCAAAGUGACACGGAGGAAAAGGAAAAGAGAUCACAAUUGGAGAAGAAUUGGGUAGCUAUGGAAACGUUGAUACCGGAAAAGACCGUUGAGAAUUACAAUAUUGGGGAGGCAGAUCGGUUUGACGGAGAAAAUAUCGGGACGUACGAAGUUGAGGGAGUGGUGACCACCUCAAAGACUGGUGAAUUCAAUAGUUUGAAAGAUUUAGCAAGUGAAACGGAGGAAAUAGAAUUUGAGGUGACUUCUGGUGCGUUUGAUUUUAACCCUGCAUUCACGGCACCAGAUGGUUGGUCAGAUGACACUCCAAGGGCCGGCUUGGGGCCAGAAAGUUCAAUAAACUAUGUCAUGGACACUGAAUGCGACGACUCUAAAAACCUUCCAAAUGCAGCCGAGGCCAGAAACUUUGAUGUCAACUUCGAUGACGCUAAGAUGACUGUAUUAGUCAAUAACUACACCAGCCAUCCACUGGGAGACACUGGUGCAAAUUUUGUCCGUCCAAAAGAGCUUGUAAAUAUGGUAGCUUGUGGUUUAUUGGCAGCAGAUUCGAAAGAAACGGACCGGACCAAUAAAAGUGCGGAAACGAAAGGUGAAGAGGUCAUAGAAUUGGAAUUGACCAAUGAAAAUGUAGAAAACAAAGGUGAAGAGGUCAAGGCCAUGUUGUCAGAAGCAAGCAAUCAAAACUUUGAAUUAGGCCAUAAAUCGUUGGCAGACAAACUUGAAGUUGAUGAUAUAUCGAACUGUGAUAGAUUUGUAGAAGGUGCAACUUCAGAAGGUGGUGUUGCAGGAAGUUCUAAAUCAGUCGAUUUGACAUCAGUUUGGAGGGACUCUUUAAACCUUGACCCAAAAAAGUCGACCAAUCUAUUAUCAUAUGAGGAGCUGGCUGGUUUUUCUCUCGCAGGGAGUGCUGAAUUGGGAUGCUAUGUUGGCAGUGAAAAUAAAGACAUUCCAGAGCCUGGCAAAUCAGGGGGAAGGGCAAUGCCAAAGGAUGAAGAGUUAGAUGAGAAAAGGUCAUUAAAAUGUGAUUCGAGUGUUAGUUCACCUAUGUCAGAUGACCAAAGUGCUGGUGGCAAUAAACUCAUUGAGACUGGUAGUCUUCUUCAAGGGAACAUUUCGCAGGAAGUUGUCCAAUUUUAUAAGCCGGACAUUUCCGUGAUGAAAAUCAACUUUAUGGAGAAGCCAUGGAGUUACGAACUUGGUGUGGCGUGUAUGAAGGCGUUCUUUAGCAAGAAUAGUCAUGUGACACAGAUUUGCAUAACGUGGAAGGGGAUGAAUGAUGAGCUGCUCGAAUUCAUCGUGGAGCGGGUGCCUGAUGUUACGCAUGUGAAGUUGACGGACUGUGAGAGUUUGAGUCUGCUAGGCCUGGUCAAGAUGUCUUUGUACUGCAAGAAGAUACAGCAUCUGGACUUGAAGGGCGUGUGCUUCAUUGGAGAUGCUGCAGUGGUCCCUAUCAUUGCCAAUAGGAGUCUCCAGACUCUUUCUGUCGCCGAGUGUAACAUUUCAGAUUUGACGCUGAGGAUGUUGAGUGUGCAUUGUCACGAGAAGUUACAGUCCCUUGACCUGUCAUGGUGUGAAAAUCUUACAACGGACGGCAUCAACCUUGUGGCAAAAAUGUGCACUCUCUUGAAAAAGCUGGAGCUACGACAAUGUGCUGUUACAGACAAGACUUUAGAGCUGCUCGGGAGUCAGUGCCCCCUAUUGGAGAAGCUGAACCUAUCGAAUGUUGAUAUUACAGAUGACGGUGUCAUAAGACUGGCACAAAGAUUGUCGCUGCUGAAAAACCUAGAUAUCAGCUGGAAUCAAGCGCUGACAGAUGACUCUGUGGACGCCAUCUUGACCAACUGCCCCCUGAUGGACAGUCUGUGCCUUGUUGGUCUCAAACGUCUGACGUCUAAACCAUUCCUUCCAAUUAUUGCAAAUUUCAACCAGUGGCAGCGAUGUCAGGCCCUUCUUCAUCUCAAACAACGUGAGCGAGAACUGUUUAACUCGGAGGAACAUUACUCCAGUGAUGAGGAGUUUGAGGACCUGUACGUCCCUCACCGGUCAACGAGCUACAGCCCGAACCUGACCGAGUUAAACCUUGAUUACUGCGACCAAAUUAAUGACACUCAUCUGGGAAAUAUAGUGGCAGUUUGUCGCGGAUCUCUGGCGAUAAGCGAUUACUAUGGAUGCUCGGUUGCUGCGAUAUGGGCGACAGCUAAACCAGAAAUCCUGGAGUGAUGCGGAAGACACCACUGAGAGACCAAUGUUGGAUAAAAUCCGUCCUUAAUUGCAGGAAUUGACAAACAAGAUUACAUCACUGGGCAGCCUGUCGGUCAUUUUCUCAGGAAUCGCGUAAAUAUAUUUACUUGUACACAAGCAGGAAGCAGUAGUGUGUCAUUUUGGAGUUGGCAUAAAUGUACCAGUAUAUUGUGAUGCAUUUUCAUAAUUCCAGUACAUACCUUGGGCAAGGUACUUUACAAAAAGUGGCCUUCUGUUUAAGAAAAUAUGAAUGAAAACUUUGGGGGUUACCAGGGUCCGGUUUCACAAUCAGCGUGAAUAGUAACAUUGACACCAAUUUGUCCUGACGCAAAGUCUUGAAUGACACUUAAUAAAGGAAUUCAUGAUGGCUGUUGUAUUAAAUGCAGAUUGAGCAACUGGUCCAAGGCAGUUAUAUAGUGCCUGGAGUCCAAUGACCUCCUUUGGGUUCAUACAAUAUGAUUCCAUCAUGGUCUUGGCAGAACUCAAAAGUUGAGGAUCAACUGCCAUCUGGUGAAGGCUUGUCACCAAAUACCCUGAAAUUGCCUGCCCAGACAAUCUAUAAAAUGUGACAUUAUUACAAAUACUGUGAAAUGACACACUUCGUUAUCCUCUGUGAAUCCGCACUGUAAAUGCGGGAAAUAUUCCGAGUAUUUUAUUUCUCAGAUUGGUGUCAAGUUGCAAAGAUAAAUUGUGUCCCUCACUGGCAAAGUGAGGAGAAUGUCACACAAAGGGUCAGGGGAGAAUAGAGGAAAAGUGAGAAAACAAUUUUUAUCAAAGAAAUGUUGGUAUAAAAUGAUUGUAUGACUCUCCUGAGUAAUUUCAACUAUGUCUAGAGAAAGGUGUGUACAGACCACAAAGCCUUGAAAUACAGCCAAUAAGUUUCUUCUUUAGUGCUUUUCCUAUCAAGUAAACUAUCUUUGCACGAGGUUUUCGCAAAUUUGAACUUGAGAGAGCGGUAUAUUUCAAAGUCCAUAUCUCGAGAAAUUGUCAUGUAUCGUACAUCAUUCUGUAGAUAAUUUUUUACAGAAUGAGCCAGAACCAAUAAAACUUAUUUUUAGCUCACCUGGGGGAGCUUAUGUCGUCACGUCUUGACUGUUGUCGUCCGUCCGUCCGGCAACAAUGGUGGCACGUUUGCUCACUCUUGAGUCUAGGAAGUUGAAACUUGCUGUGUGGCUAUCUUAUGACAACAUGACAUCACACACAAAAAAUCACUUAUAGCUAGAUGUAACAACAGUAAUUUUCUCAGGGUGCGUGGCUGGCUCCUCUUCAGCCACAGUCUGGUGGGUCGAAACCUAAUUAGCAUCUGCGACAUGGUGUUUAUUCAAUGUUGUAAUGGCUAUUACAAUUUAAAUGGCCAUGCGGAUGUAGGGCACACAUUGUACACUCUUGAAGUACACACUGUACAUUUUGUAUAGAGCAUAUCCUUGUUCUCAACCUAAUGGCCUAAAACAUGAAUUUAUGGGUCUAUUACUUACAAAUUAGAAAUACAAGGGGGUUAAUAAUAUUGAGUUUGAGUCUUUGGGAAAGGCAUAGGCAUUAUUUUCUUAUCCGUCUGAAAUUACAAAAGAAUAUUAUCAAUCACCAAUGGAAUGACCCUAGUGAGAAAUUUGAUGUAAUUUUUGUUUUUAUCUUAUCGUUAUGGGUCACUUCCUCACAUAUUGCUGCCAGGGGUAAAGACUUCGGUAAAGAACGACUCUCUGGUGAGGCGAUUGAUUACUGCUCGUGACAAUAAUAUUGAUGGUGGAAGAUGCCGGCUUUGCGAUUUUCUUGUCAAUAAUGUCCAAAUAUGACUUUAUUUCUUAGUUGAUUUUGAAUUUGUUGCAAUAAACAAUG